CUUCUCACAGGUCAACUGAAAGGCUGGACGAGUCCCAAGGACGUAAUCUUGAAGGUGGCCGGCAUCUUGACGGUGAAGGGAGGUACAGGCGCCAUCGUGGAGUACCACGGCCCCGGCGUCGACUCGAUCUCCUACACGGGAAUGGCCACCAUCUGCAACAUGGGUGCUGAGAUCGGUGCUACUACCAGUGUGUUCCCUUACAACUCUCGUAUGGAGGCGUACCUCAAGUCCACCGGCCGUCACGAUAUCGCCAAAACCGCAAACAGCUACAAGAACUUGCUCACGCCAGACUCUAAGGCACCUUACGACCAGCUGAUUGAGAUCGACCUAUCAACCCUGGAGCCUCAUGUCAACGGUCCCUUCACCCCUGACCUGGCCAACCCUAUCUCGAAGCUGGGCCAGGAAGCCAAGAAAAACAGCUGGCCGAUGGACAUCCGCGUGGGUCUCAUCGGCUCCUGCACCAACUCUUCGUACGAAGACAUGGGCCGCUGCGCCAGCAUUGUCAAGGAGGCACUCGGCCACGGUCUGAAGUCCAAGAUUCCGUUCAACGUGACUCCCGGGUCGGAGCAGGUGCGCGCCACCAUCGAGAGGGACGGCAUCGCCAAGACUCUCAGAGACUUCGGAGGCACUGUACUUGCUAACGCAUGCGGCCCCUGCAUCGGCCAGUGGGACCGUAAGGACGUGAAGAAGGGCGAGAAGAACACCAUCGUGACAUCAUACAACAGGAACUUCACCGGCCGUAACGACGCCAACCCGGCCACCCAUUGCUUCGUCACUAGCCCGGAGCUCGUCACCGCGCUGUCCAUCGCUGGUCGUCUGGACUUCAACCCCGUGACUGACGAGCUUACCGGCUCUGACGGCAAGAAGUUCCGCCUGUCCGACCCGUUCGCGGACGAGCUGCCCGCGAAGGGCUUCGACCCUGGCCAGGACACGUACGAGCACCCGCCUGCUGACGGCAGCAGUCAGUAUUACAUACAUACUUAAAAAAUAUACAUACAC